AUGUAUACUGCAAAUUCUGUUCCCAUUAAUGAAGAUAAAGUUAAGAAACCAAUUAAAACCUAUAAGAGGAAAUUAAUGCAGAAGUUAUUGAAAAGUAGUAAACCUCGUGCUUUGAUAUCCAAGAAAUCAUCUGAUUUGAGGAACGAAGGACGAGAUGAAUCAUUACUCAAAAUUGAUAGAAGAGUUGAUCGUUUGGGAGUCACAAACAGAAGGACACAAAAACCAAAAAAACAUAAGGAUAAUCAUAAAAAUAAUCAUGGAAGAGGGAAGCAUGGUUCAGAUGACGAUGGUCCUAUAUCUUUGGCGAUACUAACAGAUGAUGGAAUACAGAUAAAAUCUAGAAAACCUAGAUCUUAUGAAUAUGAAGAUUAUGCUAACAUUCUUUUACCUGAGGGACGGAAAAGCAUAUCUAGUAGUAGAACCAGUUUUUCAAAUGGUUCAAUGUCUGAUACAGAUUCAUGUAUGGAAACAAGAUCUAUGAUUAGUUGUGUCACUUGUCUGAGUGAUAGUGUGUCCCAAUUGUCAGUUGAUACUACAAAUACAACUACUACAAUGAAUAAUGAUUCAAAUGCCAACGGAAGAAACAAGAGAAAAUAUCAUUAUGGAUCAGUUAAUGGACAAAUUCCUACGAAUACUGUUAUACUAUAUGAAAUGAUUUUAAAUGCUAAAUAUGUUGAUAUUCAAAGUUUACAAUUUCAUAAAAAUAACACACGUAGCAAUAGUGUUAAUAGUAAUGAUAGUCUUGAGCAAAUUGAAAAUGUAAUAAAAAAGAAUCCAAAUCUUCAUUUAGUCGAGAUUUCUUUUGCAAAGCCAAGAAGACAAGAUGUAGUACCUAAAAGAUUGACUUUGUUGAUUGAUGAUGGUGCUAAUAACAGCAAUGAUGACAAUGGAGGUGAUGAAACUGAUAUUGUUGAAAAGAUUUUACAAAGAAGUUAUAAGAAUAGUAAAAGGAAACGUAAUAUUCUUGUUCUUAUUAAUCCCUAUGGUGGUAAAGGCAAUGCUAAAAAAAUAUUUAUGAGAAAGAGCAAAAAAUUAUUAAUGGCAAGUGGAUUUACAUUUGACAUUCAAUAUAUUAAAUAUAAAGACCAUGGGAGCGACAUUGUACAGAAUAUAGACAUAGAUAAAUAUGAUACGAUAGCAUGUGCAUCAGGUGACGGUAUACCGCAUGAAGUAAUAAACGGACUCUACAAAAGACCAGAUAGGGUUCGGGCUUUUAAUAAAAUAGCAAUCACACAGAUACCUUGUGGAUCAGGUAAUGCAAUGAGUGUAUCAUGUCAUUGGACAAAUAAUCCAUCGUAUGCAACAUUGUUUUUGAUCAAAUCCGUGGAGACUCGGUGUGAUAUUAUGCGUAUAUCACGACCUUCUUGCAAGGCUGGACAUUGCAUACUAUCAUUUUUAAGUCAAGCAUAUGGGAUCAUUGCAGAAUCAGAUAUUAACACAGAAUUUAUUAGAUGGUUAGGUCCUGCAAGGUUUGAAUUAGGUGUUGCAUUCAAUAUUUUACAGAGAAAAAAAUAUCCAUGUGAUCUUUACGUAAAAUAUUUUACUAGAGGUAAAAAUGAUUUAAAGUCACAUUAUCUUAAUGAAGUAUCGGCAAGACGUAAUUUAACAUACAACAAUAUCAGUGAUAAUAGUAAUUUAGAUAAUACUGGUUUACAAUUGAAUAUGGAUGUUGGUGAUGAUGGUAGCGAUAGUAAUGGUAAUAGCAAUAAUUAUGAUAUUGACAAUUUUAUCACUGAAGAUAUGUUUAAAAUCAAAUAUCCAUUAGAUCAAAAAAUACCUUCAGAUUGGGAACGUGUAGAUCCCAAGUUGACAAGCAAUCUUGGUAUUUUUUAUACAGGAAAGAUGCCAUACGUGGCAGCAGAUACGAAAUUUUUCCCUGCUGCAUUACCUAGCGAUGGUGUUAUGGAUAUGGUAUUAACAGAUGCACGUACUCCGUUCACUAGAAUGGUGCCUAUCCUGUUAGCCUUAGAUAAGGGAUCGCAUGUUUUACAACCGGAAGUGAUUCAUUCCAAAAUAUAUGCAUAUCGAUUAGUACCACGACAAGAAGAAGAAGAAAGCAAUAAAAGUAAAGGAAAGAAUAAAUAUAAAGAUAAGAAUAAAGAUAAAGACUUAGGUGAGUGCAGUUCAGAUUCUAAUGAAACUGAAUAUGAUGAUAAUAGUAUGAAUAAAGACUCAGGUUUAUUGUCUAUUGAUGGUGAAAAAUUCCCCUUAGAGACUAUACAAGUGGAAGUUAUACCGAAGUUAUGUAAAUUUCUUUUAAGAAAAGGUCAAUUUGUCGAUACAGAAUUUGAUAUAAUGUGA